GAGAGUGCGAGAUCUGGCGGUGGCCAGAAUGCGUUGCGCUUGUGCUGUCUACGUCGAAUUUUGCUGCUGAUUGGUCGUGAGUUUCCGAUUUCGAAUAAGAUUUCGUUACUGAUAGAGUGUAGCAAUGGGGAGAGGCGGCCGUGGAGGUGGGGUUGUGGUGGGUAGAACGCCAAGCUGCCUCUUCUCUUCGCACUGUGGUGCGUGUGUUUUGAGCGCUGGGAUUCAGUAGAUAUACCACAGCAAUGAGAAAUUGGUGAUCUGGGAUCGUGUGAUUUAGUUUUUUUACGGGUAACAACGAGCGUCACCGUGCUGAGAAGCUAGAGUUUGGUAGGAUUAGCAAGCUGAAGCAUAGGUUGCAUUUUGAAGGCGUGGACGCACAUACUGUGACAGUCCAUUGCGGUGUGUUGCGUUCAUUUCCGAGGAGUGGGAGAUUGGUACUCGCAGUGUGAAGAAAAGUGUAAGAGAUGUUUGGGGUAUGUCAGCGGCGUGCAGAGGUACCGAAGGCAGCAUUGCGGUUAUACUCUUCCCACCGGAAAUUUGUGACUGACGUUCUGUUUGAGAAUUCGGCUACUGUUGAAUGCGCGAGUUCUGAUCAAGCAACCACCUCAGGCAAUUCGCAAUCGAGCUCAUGUGAGUUUCGGAAGCGAAUAAAACCGGCUGAAGGCCUAAGUUGGAACACUAUAGAUAAGUGGAAAAGCCGCCACGAUUUGUGGCCACCAGAAUCUAUUCUCAAAAAAGAAGCGUCUAUCAUCUCGCACCCUGCGACCAAUACUAUCGAUGGCAAAGCUAUUGCUCAGGAGGUCAAACGUGAAAUCGCAGAAGAGGUUGGGAGGAUGAGAUCUGCCAUUGGAAAGGUUCCCGGCCUUGCAGUGGUCCUAGUGGGGUCACGCAAGGAUUCCGAGACAUAUGUUCGAAGUAAGCAGAGGGCAUGCGAGCAAGUGGGCUUCAACUCUUACAAUGUAUCUUUGCCAGAAACCGUCACAGAAGAGGAGAUUGUGGAAGCUGUUCUACGAUUUAAUUGUGACCCGAAUGUUCAUGGUGUAUUGGUGCAGCUUCCGCUUCCUCGCCAUAUUUGCGAGGAGAGGGUUGUGGGUUCUGUUAGCAUACAGAAAGACGUGGACGGCUUCCAUCCAAUGAAUGUGGGAAGGUUGGCCAUGCAAGGUCGAGCUCCACUCUUUGUGUCAUGUACUCCCAAAGGAUGCAUUGAGUUGCUGUUACGAUCAGGAGUGCAAAUAGAAGGUAAACACGCAGUGGUUAUUGGUCGCAGUAAUGUGGUGGGCAUGCCAGCUGCUUUGCUUCUACAACGACAAAAUGCAACCGUUACUGUGGUGCAUUCACAUACUCCAAACCUUCCAGAACUCACCAGGAAUGCUGAUAUAGUCAUCGCUGCCGCUGGUGUGCCAUACAUGGUACAGGGGAGUUGGUUGAAGCCUGGGGCUGUCGUUAUUGAUGUUGGCAUCAAUCACAUCGAGGAUCCUGAUUCUGAGAAUGGAUAUCGAGUAGUUGGAGAUGUUUACUUUGCAGAAGCCUGUCGAGUGGCUUCUCAGAUCACCCCAGUUCCGGGGGGUGUUGGACCAAUGACUAUUGCUAUGCUGCUUUCCAAUACUCUUGAUUCAGCAAAACUUGCCUACGGAUUUUUCGAAAAUUGAUGAGCUGCAUUAUAGUUCUCUCAAUCACGGCUGUAAUUAGAGCGUUAGAAUAAUUCCAAAUAUCAGCUUGCUGGUCUCAAAUCCAUAUCACGAUGACCUAGAAUAGGAGAUUUCGUUUCUACAAUAAAUCAUUCAUAUUUUUAGCAAUA